AUGGCUCAAGAAGCUGAAGAUAUAUUAAGAUUAAUUCAAGGAUCAAAAGGAGUUCUUGGUUCAUUAAUUGUAAAUAAUGAAGGUAUUCCAAUUAAAACAAAUUUGAAUAAUGCAUUAAGUGUUCAAUAUGCUGGUUUAAUGCAAAAUUUAGUUGAAAAAACAAGAUUAAUUGUUAAAGAAUUAGAUCCAUCAAAUGAAUUAAGCAGUUUUCGUAUAAGAACAGCAAAACAUGAAAUAAUUGUAACACCAGAUCGUGAUUACAUUUUUAUAACAAUACAGGAAUCAACAGAUUAA